AUGGCAGCUCGCAAGGCCAAGAAGGCUGCUGCUGCCGGCAGCAGCAGCAGCAGCAGCAGCAGCAAAGUAAACCCUUUUGAUGUUAUGAGCAACAAGAAACCCAAAAGGACGAUUUGGGGCCUUAAAGUGAAAGGCGCCGAGAGAGACCUGACAAAGGUGUCUGCUCCAGCGCACUUCAUUGGAAGCAGCAGCAGCAGCAGCAACAUUCGUGACGAGCGUCUGUACAGCGGCAGCAGCAGCAGCUCUGCAGCAGCAGCAGCAGCAGCAGCAACAUCAAAGCGCACGCACGGCAGCCGCCGCGCUGCAGCAAUUGCAGCGGCAGAUGCAGAAGAACUGAUGUACUCUCGCUUGCUGCUGCUGCGGCAGCAGCAGCAGCGGCUGCUACGGAAGCAGCAGCAGCAGCAGCAAAGAAAAAGAAAAAAGAGGUCUUUUGUUUUAGGGGAAAGCGACGGCAGCGACGAGGAAGCAGCAGCAGCAGCAGCAGCAGCAAAUUUGCAUUUGUCUUCCCAGGCCUUUUCAGUAGAAGAUCCAGAUGCACCCGAAGCAGCAGCAGCAGCAGCAGCAGCAGCAGCAGCAGAAGGGGAUUUGCUGAUGCAUAAAGGGAAGCCAAUUGCUGCUAUGGGCGAUGAUGAGCUGAGGGCUUCUGCUGCUGCUCUUGUGGCCCAAAAAGCAGCAGCAGAAGAAGCAGGAUUUGACAAGCAAAUGUUGGAGGGUGACCUGCUGUUCUCUGGGGGCCCCUCGGGGGCCCCCAAAAGCCGUCAAGAGAUUUUGAGGGAAAUAAUAACAAAAAGCAAAGAUGCGAAAGCCCAGCACGCGAGGGAAGUGGAGGAGCAGCAACAGCUGCUGCAGCAGCUCGAAUUGCAAUUUGCUGCUGUUCGCGAAGACUUGCCUUUUGUAGCACCCAAGCAGAAAGAGCCGAGCCUUGGAGAACUGCUGGCCAAAUAUGCGAAGGGAGAAGAGCAGCAAGAUGGCAAGCAGCAGCAGAAGCAGCAGCAGCAGCAGCAGCAGCAGCAGCAGCAAAAGAAAGAGCCGUCACUGCUUGCCUUUCUCAGCAGCAGCAGCAGCAGCAGCAGCAGCGUUGGUGAGGGCCCGUUGCUGCUGGACUCAGGCGAAAAGAGCAACAACGAGAGCGCAGCAGCAGCAGCAGGGAAGGGUUCUGGCGCUGCAGCAGCAGCUGCUGCUGCUUCUGGCGAGGGCCUGAUGCCUGCAGCAGCAGCAGCAGCAGCAGCAGCUUAUGACCGCGCAGCAGCUUUGCUGCGCUUCGAGCCUCGUGUUGCAGCAGGAGAAAAGCUGCUGACAGAAGAAGAGCUGCAGCAGCGAGCCAAGAAAAAGCUGCUGCAGCAGCAAAAGAAGCAGCAGCAGCUGCUGCAGCAGGAGCAGCAACAAGAGGAAGAGGAACUGAGGAAAGAAGAAGAAAGCUUUUGGAACGGAGCAGCAGAUGCUGAGGCCUCAGGCAGCAGCAGCAGCAGCAACAGCGAUGGCAGCAGCAGCGACGGCAGCAGCAGCGACGGAAGCAGCAGCGACGGCAGCAGCAGCGAAGAAGAAGAAGACGAGGAGCUGCAGGAGCUGCUGCAGCAAGAUGAAGAUGAUGAUGUAUCUGAAACUGCAGCAGCAGCAGCAGAAGAGGCAGCAGCAGAAGAGGCAGCAGCAGAAGAGGCAGCAGCAGAAGAAGCAGAAGAAACAGAAGCAGAAAGUAAAGACACAGAUGAGGUGCCAGCAGCAGCAGCAGAAGCAGAGCCCGCAGCGGCAGCAGCAGCAACAGCAGCGGCAGCAGCAGCCACAGCAGCAGCAAAAGCAGCAGCAGGAAAGGCCGAGGUGGACUCAGACAGCGGCAGCAGCGCAGCCCCAACAGCAGCAGCAGCAUCUGCUGCUGCAGCAGCAGCAGCAGCAGCAUCUGCUGCUGCAGCAGCAGCAGCAGCAGCAGCAUCUGCUGCUGCUGCUGACAGCGAAGAUGAGGAACUUACAGAAGAGCAGCAGCAGCAGCAGCUGCUGCUGCUGAACGAACCCCACGAGCUGCUGCUGCCUUAUAAACCCUCGCUGCCCAAAGCAGCUGUCGAUACACCUGAGAUUUUCGCCCCCUGGAAACCCUCGUCGCAGGCAAAGCUGCUGCACCGCUAUUUAAUUAUUUACCCCCCAAGUGACCCCAAAUGGGCCCCACAAAUGCAGCAGCUAACGGAGGGGCUGCUGCUGCACCUCGUGCUGCAGUCGCGCAGCAACUUCACCCAGGGUGGCGGUACCCCGUUCUUUGAGCUGUGGCAGCAGCUGCAUCCUCCGCUGCUGCUGCUGCUGCAGCAUUCGACAGCAGCAGCAGCAGCAGUAGCGUUUUUCAAGCCUUUGCUGCUGCAGAUGGCUGCUCGUGUUGCUCCUGGGGACGAGGAAGUGCAGCAGCACCUUAGAACCCAUAUUGCUGCUGCUGCUGCUGCAGCAAAAGGAUCUGCAGCAAAAGCAGCAAAAGCAGCAGAGAAAGCUGAAGGAACAGAGGAGCUGCUGCAGCUGCUGCAGCAGCAGCUGCCGCAGCAGCUGCAGCAGCAGCAAACGGAAGCCACCAUAAACAGGUGCAUCCUGACUGCUACAGAUGUCGCUGUGCUGCAGUUGCUGUUCUGCUGCUACCCACUGCAGCAGCAGCGGCAGCAGCGGCUGCUGCAGCUGGGAUUUGUUGUGCUCGAAGCAGCAGCAGCAGCAGCAGCAGCAGCGCAGCACGCUGACGUUGUUCCUGUUUGCCCACCUCGCCUGCGUUUGCUGCUGCGGCGCAAUGAGCUGCAGCAGCAGCAGAUCCGCGCGCAGCUGCAGCAACAACCGCAGCAGCAGCAGCUGGAGCAGGAACUGCUGCAGCUGCAGCAGAAACAGCAGCAGCUGCUGAAACAGCUGACAAUACCGCGACUGCCACUGACCCGCAGCGGCAUCGCAGCAGCAGCAGCAGCAGCAGCAGCUGACUCGCUGCUGCAGCAGGAAUCUGCCCCCAUCAGCAGCAGCAAAGAAACGUUUGCUGCUCUGCCCCCUACCCUUCCACCUGCUGCUGCUCCUCUUGCUGCUCAGUUGCUGCUGCUGCAACGCCAAGCUGCUGCAGCAGCAGCACAAGAAGGUUGCUUCUUCCCAUCAGCCUUCAGCCUUGCUGCUGCGCUGCUGCACACAGCAGCAGAGCAGCUGCUGCUGCUGUCCAGGCAGCAGCAGCAGCAGCCGCAAGAACGGCAGCUGCAAGAACAGCAGCAGCAAGAAGAAGAAGAGCUGCAGCCAGAUCUCGAGGACGCCAUUCUGCACAUUCUGCAGCAACAGCAGCAGCAGCAACAGCAGCAGCAGCAGCAACAGCAGUGGGAAGGCUGGGCAGACUUUGGCUGCUCCGUAGCUGCAACGGCUCUGGCGAUGUUGCAAACCCUCCGCUCACAAACCCUAGCAGUGUACGUGCCGGUGAUGCAGCAGCUGCUGCCAGCGCUCCCGCUGCUGCAGGGUUUGCUGCUGCAGGCUGCUGCUGCUGCACCAGCAGCAAGUGUUGCGGCUUCAGCAGCAGCAGCUACUGUAGCAGCUGCAGCAGCAGCAGACGAUGAAGAAGACGAGGAGUCUGCGGAAAGCUCUUCAUCACCUACAGCAGCAGCUAAAGCAGCAGCAGCAGCAGCAGCAGCAGCAGCAGGGGGCAGGACUUGCUGCUGCUUCCUGCUGCAGCUGCGGCGGCUGUGGCGCUGUGCCUUCGAAGCAGCAAGCAGCAACUUGUGUCCCCUCAGCAUUCAGCAGGGCAACAAAAAGACGGGGCUGCAGCUGCUGACGCCGCGGUACUAUGACCCCAAGAGCCUCGGGGGUUUGCGCAGCAGCAGCAGCAGCAACUUGCUGCAGCGGGAGCUGCUGCAGCAGCACCGGGAGAAGCGGCAGUACAAGCAGCAGCGGCGCAACGCAGCAGCAGCAGUGCGCGCGUCUGCGGCUGCUGCUGCUGCUGCUGCUGCUGCAACAGCAGCAGCAAGAAAGGCAGCAAUUAACGCCACCACAAACCGCUUCCUCAGGAUACUUGAACAAGACACAGUCGAGUACAAGAAGAUGAAAACCAUAGGAGGCGGCAUGGACACUUCGCUGCAGAAGUACAGACCCUCUAAAGAGAAGAAGAAAAGAAGACUGGCAGGAAACAAAACAGAUUCCUAA